AGAAGCGCGCAAUGUCAACUCAAACAGUGCUCUGAGAGCUUCUGCGUCGCCAUGAGAGCCGCUCUGGUGCUCCGGGUGGUCCGAGCGGGCCUGCUGUGCGGGCUGAGCCGGGCUGGAGCGACUCCGCGCUGGAUCAGCUCCUCCAGCGGUGAGCCGGAGAAACCCGGGCCGCCUCAGAGCGCUGCAGCCCGGCCACACGGAGCUCCAGCCCCGCUGUGGUGCUUCAGGCUGGCCUGCAGGGCUCUGCUCCAGCUCCACGGAGCAGACACGGCCGCCUUCCUCCAGGGCGUCAUCACCAACGACAUGGCGCUGCUGGAGGAGGACCUGCAGGCUCUGUACGCCCACAUGCUGAACGUCCAGGGCAGAACCCUCUACGACAUCAUCAUCUACAGGCUGAAGGAACCUUCGGAUGACCUGAGUGGGGUUCUCCUGGAGUGUGACAGCUCGGUUGUAGACUCCAUGACUCGACACCUGAAGGUGUAUAAGAUCCGUCGUAAAGUGACGGUGACCCCGCGGGACGAUCUCUCUCUGUGGGCUCUGCUGCCCCGGAACUCCGCUUGGGACCGCCUGCAGCCCCCGCUGACCACCGAGGAGGGGAGGGAGAAGCCCCUGGUGCUGGUGCAGGACCCCCGGACUGAGCUGAUGGGCUGGAGGAUGAUAACCAGCAGCACGCAGAACCCUGCAGAACUCCUCACCGACUGUGAACAGGCAGACACUGAGCAGUACCACCAACACCGCUACACCAUCGGUCUGCCGGAGGGGGUGGGAGAUCUUCCUGCGGGUGAAGCUCUGCCGCUGGAGUCCAACCUGGUCUUCAUGAACGGAAUCAGCUUCAGUAAAGGCUGCUACAUCGGUCAGGAGCUGACCGCCCGCACGCACCACACUGGCGUCGUCCGGAAGCGCCUGAUGCCCCUCAGCCUGUCCGUGCCAGCCGAGAGCCUGCAGCCUGGGGGCGCUCUGGAGACGGCGGGGGGGAAACCCGCGGGGAAGCUCAGGGCGGGGAUGGGUCAGCUGGGACUCGGACUCGUCCGCCUUGUUCACGCUAAUGAACCGCUGACCCUCAGAGCCUCAACACAGACCUCGGUGACUGUCCAUGCUGCGGAGCCUGAUUGGUGGACGAAGGACAGUAAAGUAAAUAAAUAAAUAGUCAGGAGCAGAUCAGUGACAGAAUAUCAGCAUCGCGAUUGUUAUUAUUUACUACGUACAAACCUCUGACAUCAUUGGCGUCACUCUGUGGUCAGUGGAAUGCCCGUAUUAGGAACUCCGGGUCCAAGCAGUUUAACUUCAUGGGAAAAAUUAGCGAUGCUUUUAUAAAACUUACUUCUGUGGUAAACAAAGGACGCAUCCUACCCUCCCACCCACCCACCCAGAGAGAUGGAGCUCUAUAAGCUGACGAGAUGUUCUUGGGCGUCUUGAUGCUCCACAUGAGCAGAGAUUGUUAAGCUCAUGUCUGAAGUUCCUCUAAAUGUAGAAAGCGUGAAACAGUCACACAUGGACAAUAUUUUGUCAAUGUUUGACUUUGAGCACUUCUGUUUAAUCUUUGUUUUCACAGUCAAACUAUCUGUGUUUUUCCUGUUUUGCUGCAAACCAAAAGUCCCACUUUUGACCGUUUCCCGCCAAACAUUGAGAAGAAAUUUCGGUGAACUCCUGCGUACGCUUUAUGAAGUUUAUAAAAUUACUUUUGCAGAGCUUUUUACUCUGGACACUCUUGUUUAUAGAGUUUUAUUAGCACUGAAAUGCACUUAAUACACGCGCCGAGCCUGAGAGGCCUGUGAGGUUCUCCGUUUCCUGAUAAUGUGGACCUCUGGAGGUCACGCACUCACUGCUCUCCUGCAUACAUUUUCUGCUUGAAUGUCACUGGAUUCUCUCAGUUAGGAGGUCAGUAAAGAGCUGCUGAUAAAGCUACACACAUGCUCUCGCCAGGCGAACACUGCUGCUGUGGUUGGUAUAGUGUCAAAUAUAGACACAUAGUGUCUUCUACACUUCUACACUGUAGACUGGGGUUCAAUCCCCACCUGGGUCAGCAUCCUGCACUAUACCAAUAGGAGUCCUUGGGCAAGACUCCUAACACCACUCCUAAGUCCCUUUAUCCCACUCCUAACUCAUAAGUCCUUCUGGAUCAGGCCGUCUGUCAAAUGCCAUAAAUGUAAAAUGUAAAUGCUGCUGAGCACAGAAACAACGUGACACUGUUAAACUCCAGCUUCAACACCAGCUACUUCAGCCUGAACCUGCCAAACGCCUCUGAACUACCACACUGGACAGAGCUUGUGGGCUAUUAGGUGAGGUAUUUCAGCUACUUUAUCACCUCAAACAGCAAACGAUCCAUUGAUAUUCAGGAAAAAAUAUACACAGGAGAAAACGCACCAGAAACACCACUCCAAGAAAACCACCGUGGACCUGGAGCUCCUUAUAUGGGCAUGAAACGCGGCUUCAGACUGACCACACGACUUCGGAAGGUCCUUACUGGAAUACACUAAAAAUGCACUGAAGGAUCAGUACAGUGAGGUGGCUCAGGAUCAGCGCUUUAACCAAAACGAUUCCCGUUUAUUUGAUUUCUUCAAUAUGUUGAUUCACCAGAAUACCCACAGAGUCUCAUCUGGGGGCUGUAAUCGGUCAGGAUGAUCACACAGUAAACAUCACUGCGAUUGGUCAGAGGCUCAUUUGCAUAUCACGAUUACAGAGCACAGCGCACAGUCCCGCUUUAAUAACCCAGAUCAUUAUAAACCAAGAAGAUCUGCCGUUCAUCAGUGCUGCUCCAGCCUGGCACUGCUGAAUAACCAGACGCUCACAAAGAACUGAAUGGGUCAGUUUUAGAGUUGUAUACAGAUUUCUUCUAUUUAUAUAAAUGAAAUGUUUGGAUAUAAGUUAUGUUUAAAUAAAUAAGUGUGAAUAAAUAA